CAUGCCGUCUCCGCCUUCUCUGAGGCGGUGCUCAAUGGCACUUAGCUGUCUUGCUUCCUCUCUUCCCAGCGGCCCGAGCACACCCUUAGCUUUGUUAUUUUGGACCAAGAUAUGCCUUCGCCAUAAACUUCUCAUUAGAUUAUCGUCAUGGCAGAAGCGUUCGUUUUCGCUGCUGGAAUCGUCUCGAUCGUCGGCUUCGCUAGCCAGGCUGGAAAAGGCACCAGCUCUCUCUACAGCUUCCUGAAGGACAUCAAAAACGCACCCAGAACCAACGCGGAGCUACAGAUAUACCUUGACGUCCUCAAAGAAGCUCUCCGGGAAGUCGAAUCUCGAAGGCUUCUUUCAUCUUCAGGCGAAAGCGACCAAGCUAAAACCGCGUACAACGAAUUUAAGGCAGCGAUCACUGCGCUGGAGUCGUUGGUGGACACACAAAAGCGAGGGCAAGGAGAUGGUAGAGUCAGGAAGAAGUGGAAGAAUAUCUUUUACGGCCAUGCGAGAGAAAGAGGUUGUAGAAACAUCUUGCGAUGAUUGAAAGAGCCAAAUCAACUUUGGCAGUUGACUUUGCAUUCGCAGCACACGCAAGAAGCGAGGGAGGUAUUUUCUCGAUUACGAGUCUCUUCCUAUGGGCGAUCCUCGUCGUAUGCGGUAUCAAGGAUGCUCCGUUGCGCGUUAAAAUAGCAGAAUGAACC